AGCUGGUGGUGUCUCAUUUCGAUUAGUGCAUUUUAUUCCAAUUUCUGCUUGGCUCAUUUAGCCAUUUACUCUACAGAUUUUCAAUUAUAGGAUCACACCUAAUCAAAAUACUUAAAACAUAUAAUUAAAUUCUCAAAAUAAGUACCUGCCUUUAAUUUUGUUUCAUUUAUCUCAAAUAAUUUAAUCAUUAAUCAUAGACACCAACAAAUCACCGGCAAUGGCGACUUUGGAAGACAAGGCAAUUUGGGAAGAUGGGGACGAAUCGAUGGGAGAGGAGGUGCUACGCAUGGGAAAUGAUGAAAUCAUUGGGAGGACACGCUUACUAGACAAUGAAAUAAAGAUUAUGAAAUCUGAAGUGAUGCGAAUCUCACAUGAACUCCAAGCACAGAAAGAAAAGAUAAAGGAAAAUACUGAGAAAAUAAAAGUCAACAAAACCCUGCCAUAUCUUGUAUCAAAUGUCAUUGAGCUGUUAGAUGUUGACCCAGAAGAUGCUGCGGAAGAAGAAGGUGCAAAUGUUGACCUUGACUCCCAACGUAAAGGCAAAUGUGCCGUCAUCAAAACAUCCACUCGACAGACUUACUUCCUGCCUGUUAUUGGGCUGGUAGACCCUGAGAAUCUGCACCCUGGGGACUUGGUUGGUGUCAAUAAAGACUCGUAUCUCAUCUUAGAAAAUCUUCCUGCUGAGUUUGACUCGCGUGUGAAGGCAAUGGAGGUAGAUGAAAGACCAACAGAACAAUACAGUGAUAUAGGGGGUCUAGAUAAACAGAUACAGGAGCUUAUAGAAGCUGUGGUCUUACCUAUGACACAUAAAGAAAGAUUUGAAGCAUUAGGAAUACAGCCACCUAAAGGUGUUUUAUUGUAUGGUCCACCAGGUACAGGUAAAACCCUAAUGGCACGUGCAUGUGCUGCUCAGACCAAAUCCACAUUCUUGAAGCUAGCUGGCCCACAGCUGGUGCAGAUGUUCAUUGGAGAUGGAGCCAAGCUGGUCAGGGAUGCAUUCGCUUUAGCCAAAGAAAAGACUCCUGCUAUUAUCUUUAUUGAUGAAUUAGAUGCUAUAGGUACAAAAAGAUUUGACAGUGAGAAAGCUGGAGACAGAGAAGUACAGAGAACUAUGUUAGAGUUACUCAAUCAGCUUGAUGGUUUUUCAUCACAUGAGGGUAUUAAAGUCAUUGCAGCCACCAACAGAGUAGACAUUUUAGACCCUGCCCUGCUGAGGUCAGGGAGGUUAGAUAGAAAGAUUGAAUUCCCCGCACCAAAUGAGGAAGCCAGAGCUAGAAUUAUGCAGAUACACUCCAGAAAAAUGAAUGUCAGUUCUGAUGUUAACUUUGAAGAGCUGGCUCGAUGCACAGAUGACUUCAAUGGUGCUCAGUGCAAGGCUGUGUGUGUAGAAGCUGGCAUGAUAGCUUUGAGACGAGAGGCUGUUGAGCUUAUACACGAGGACUAUAUGGAUGCUAUUCUAGAAGUACAGGCUAAGAAAAAGACAAAUCUCAACUAUUAUGCAUAG